AUGGCACAGUUCACUCUCACUUUCAUUUUAUUCUGCAUUCUAACAUUCUCUUUAUUGUCCAAUUCUGUCAUUUCACAAACACCACUCGACUCGGCCGAGCAAGAAUCAGUGUACCGAGUUCUUGACUCCAUCAACUCGGAUAUCCCUUGGCGCACACUUUUCCCAGACGAUCUUUGCAUCUCCGCCCCGCACGGCGUUGUUUGUGACUACUUCUCCGACUCCGACGCCUCCACCACCUCCUUUACAACCCACAUUACUGAGUUGAGCUUUGGCUUCGUUUCAGACUACUCUCCAAACCCACCUUGCAAUGCCAAUUCUACCCUUGACCCUUCUCUUCUCUCCCCACUUUCUCACCUCAAAAAACUUUUCUUCUACAAAUGCUUCAGCGAAAGAAAAAUCCCAUUUCCAGAUUUUUCAUCAUUAUCUAUUCAAAACUCUAUUUUGGAAGAGCUGGUUUUUAUUGAAAACCCGGCAUUAUUUGGCUCGCUCAGUGGCAAACUCAAUAACUUGACGAGUUUAAGAAGGCUGGUUUUGACUGGAACCAAUGUUUCUGGGACAAUCCCAGGUGGGUUUGGUGAAUUAGUUAAUCUUGAACAACUUACACUUUCGAGAAACAAGUUUGUAGGUGAAAUUUCUGCAAAUAUUUUCAGGAAUUUGAUCAAACUUAAGAUUCUUGAUUUGAGUGAAAAUGGGUUCAAAGGGAUUGUGCCAGAAUCCAUUGGAAAUAUGACAGAGCUGUUGAAGAUAGACUUGAGUUUCAAUGAAUUUUCCGGGAAAAUCCCAGAAAAUUUGAAGGGAUUGAAGAAUUUGGAAUUUUUAGACUUGGGUUACAAUCAUUUUGCCAACUGUGGUGUGCCAUUGUUUUUGGGUGAAAUGUCUAGUUUGAAGGAAGUUUAUUUGAGUGGCAAUUUUCUUGGAGGGCAAAUUCCGGAAAUAUGGGAAAGCCUCGGGGGUAUUUUGGGAAUCGGAUUGUCAAGGACAGGACUUAUCGGUAAUAUUCCAGCAUCGAUGGGGGUACAUUUGAGAAAUGUAUGUUACUUAGGGCUUGACAACAACAAGCUUGAGGGGGUUGUACCUGAUGCAUUUGGGGCAUUAGAGUUUGUUAGUGAACUGAAUUUGGAGAACAACAUUUUAAGUGGGAGAGUCCCAUUUUCUUCAUUUUUUGCAUCCAAGCUUGGAAAAAAAUUGAAGUUGGAGGGCAAUUCUGACCUUUGUAUUGACGCACAGUCGAUAUCGGCUAAAGCCAGUAGUACCUUGGGGAAGCUAAAGUUGUGCAAUAGAACAGAGAUUCCCAAAGUUGCCCUCUUGUAUCGUGGGGGUCCAGGAUCAGAUGCUUUGGAUCGUGAUCGGGUCGACACAACACUAAUUGACUCCUUCGACUUCUUUCUCCUUGACUUCUUUGGAAUGUCCGGAAGUUUUCCUGAUGUCGACUCACCUUCGUGGAUUUGUCGAUUUGAUUUAACGCUAUCGGAUGAGUCCUUCGAAUGGUUUCGUCUCUGUCUUGAUCUAGUCGAUCCAUCUUUCUUCUUUGGCGAAUCAUUUGCACCCUCUAAUGAAGUAUGA